AUGUCUUCCACAGCUCACUUCCCUGAUCCGGAUCAUUUCCAGCAUCAGUCAGAUGAGUUUCUGCACUGGCUGGCUGGGAAGCCGGGGGUUCAAAUCAACCCUAAAAUCCGCAUUGCCGAUCUGAGAUCUCAGGCUGCCGGCAGAGGCGUCGUGGCUCAAGCCGAUAUUGCCGAAGGUGAAGAGCUUUUUACCAUCCCGCGCGAUCUCAUUCUGUCGACUCGCAACUCCCAAUUGAAGGAUCGACUCUCCAAGAACCUGGAAGAGUUGGGCCCAUGGCUGUCUUUGAUGCUAGUCAUGAUCUACGAGUUUCUGCUCGGCGAGCAAUCUGCCUGGGCCCCGUACUUCAAAGUGCUACCUCGAAAAUUUGACACCCUGAUGUUCUGGUCCGCCCCGGAACUGCAAGAGCUUCAGGGCAGUUCCAUCAUCGAAAAGAUUGGAAAGGAAGGUGCCGAGAAAUCUAUCCUUCAGACCAUCGCCCCCAUCGUGCGCGCCAAUCCGAACCUUUUCCCUCCGAUUGAGGGGCUUGCUUCUUACGACGGUGAUGCCGGCACUGAAGUGCUCCUCAACCUUGCCCACGUUAUGGGAUCCCUUAUUAUGGCCUACGCCUUUGAUAUUGAGAAGCCGGAAGAUGAAGAGGAGAAUGAUGAUGGGGAAGACGGCUAUCUGACUGACGAAGAGGAGAUGCUGCCCAAGGGUAUGGUUCCGUUGGCGGAUCUCCUGAAUGCCAAUGCGGACCAGAACAACGCGCGUCUCUUCCAAGAUGAAAAUACUUUCACGAUGAAAGCCAUCAAACCUAUCACCCCUGGGGCUGAGGUCUUCAAUGAUUACGGGGAGAUCCCCCGUGCUGAUCUCCUCCGACGGUACGGCUACGUUACGGAUAAUUACGCUCCUUACGACGUCGUCGAGCUACCACUGGAGAUCAUUUGCGAAGCUGCUAGCUUGGAAAAUGCCGAUGCCGAGGAACAGCCUCCGCUUGAACUUCUCGAGUACUUGGAACUUCUCGACGAUGGAUACGUCAUUCCUAGGAUAUCGCCGCAUAGUUUGAUCGAGAACAUCGUUACGGAUGAACUUUCUUUGCUGCUCCGGACGUUGACUCUCCCGGUCGAACAAUUGGAGCAAUACCGGUCCAAGCAGAAGGCCCCGAAGCCCGCUUUCGGUCCGACAGAAGGAGCCAUCUUCAUGAAAGCUAUUCAGCUGAAACAAGCGCAGUAUGGCACGACAAUUGCGCAGGACCAGGAGCUCUUGGCCCAACUGGCCCAUUCCGGGGCCCCUGGCCUCUCUGAAGAAACGGCCCGUCGUUACAGAAUGGCUAUCCAAGUCCGUUUAGGCGAGAAGGAAAUUCUGCAAAAUCUAGCCACCUUGAUCCACAAUCAUCUUGCGAACUCGUCGCAGAACGGCCAAAAGCGGGCUGCCAAUGGCGACGAUGAUGAAUCCCGAGCGAGCAAGUUUCUGAGAUCUUGA